GCACGCUCUACGGUAUUUGCAUUUUCGAAAAGUUCUCAGGAAUAAAGAAAAAAAUAUAUUUCGCAAAUAUUACAGCACCAACCGAUAUCUUCCGGAAAGCGUGGAUGUGACUAUUAUCGUUUUUAUUUAGGCGGAGGCGUGGCGGGUUGUUCUACAUUUUAUCAAUUAUCCAAGAAAGGACUAAAAACAAUACUACUGGAGAAAAACAAGCUAACAAGCGGUACUACGUGGCAUACGAAUGGUUUAAUAUGGAGUCUCAGGCCCUCAGACACGGAUAUUUUAAUGUUGCGAAAUACUCUCGAAACCAUAAACAAAUUGGAGGAAGACAGUGGUGUCGAUCCCGGUUUUAUACAUAGUGGAGGUAUAUUUAUCGCAAGAACAAGGGAACGAUUUGAAGAAUACAAACGUCUUCACACUAUAGGCCAUUUCUUCAAAAACCAUAGCAAAUUGCUGACGCCCAAAGAAACUCUAGAAUUGUGUCCCGUUUUAGAACCCAGUGCGUUCUAUGGAGCUCUGUAUACCACACCCGACGGAUAUAUCGACCCUACCAUGUAUUGCAAUGCAUUAGCGAAAGGUGGUCGACGCUACGGUGGUUUGAUCUUUGAAGAUGUAACAGUAAAAAAUAUUUUAACCGCCCAGUCGACGCAUGGUAUUAAAAAGGUGGUGGGUAUAGAAACGGAUAAAGGGUUCAUAAAUUCCAAUAUAAUCGUAAAUGCUGCGGGUGUAUGGGGUGAUAAAAUCGCUAGACUAGCUGGAACGGCGAUACCAAUUCAGCCAAUGAAACACAGCUACGUAGUCACCAACGAUAUCCCAGGUUUUAAAGGGGCACCGCCAGUGAGGUGUCACGACGGAAGUGUGUGCUUUAAGCCUCAAGGAUUCGGGAUGACCCUCGGCGGCUACGAAAUGAAUCCCGAAAUACUGGAUGAGGCUCCAGAAGAUUUCAACUUUAAAUUGUACGAAUUGGAUAGAAGCUUGUUUGAGGUACAUUAUCAAAAUGCCGUUAAGAUUUGCCCCGUUUUAGAGCGAACGGGGAUAAAAGCUGACAUUUGCGGCCCAGAAAGCUUUACGCCGGAUCACAAGCCUGUUGUAGGGGAAGAUCCUAAUGUUAUUGGACUAUUUCACAACGUCGGGUACAAUUCCGGAGGAAUGAUGUUUAGCGGCGGAGUGUCCGAGCAACUUGCAGUUUGGAUUAAAACUGGAUCUCCGAAUAUUGACAUGCAUUCGUACGAUGUUAAAAGAUUUUCACCUGAACAAAGAAAGAACAAGCGUUGGAUUGCCGAGACUAGUCAUGAAAGUUACGCGAAAAAUUACAGCAUCGUAUAUCCACACGAACAAAAGCUAGCUGGUCGUAAUUUUAAAACUGAUGCUUUCCAUCAGCAUUUGGUUGCUAAUGGGGCAAUAAUGGAACAAGUAUUUGGAUGGGAAAGACCUGCUUAUUUUCUAACAAAUGGUACAACGGCUCCUGCAAUUAAGUAUGAUUGGUACGGUUGUUACAACCAUCGAAGAAACUCUGACCAAAGAUUUGAGAAAGAAGUACGAAAAGAUUUAACAUUUGACUUUUCGGACCAUCACAAUUUGAUAAAAGCAGAAGCACUAGCCUGCAAAACCAGCAUAGCAUUAUUUAACCUAUCCUCUUACACCAAGAUGUCUCUAAUAGGUCCAGAUGCUGAAGAAGCUGUUCAAUGGUUAUUCACUUCAAAUAUAAAGCCUGGUAAAAUCACUAAAACGAUAGGACUAAACUCAAGGGCAGGGAUUGUGGCCGAUGUGACCGUUGUUGCCCUAGAAGACUGUGACGAGGAUAUUUUUAUUGGAGCUCAACCGAAUUUGCAGGGAAAACGCUAUUAUGUGGUAGCGGACAGUGGAUCGGGUUACCAGAUCAAAUGCCACAUCAGAAAAGAAUUAAACGCCCAAAAUUUCGACUGCGAAUUGAUUGAAGUUAGCGACAAAUUCGGAAUCUUGUCUCUGAAAGGUCCAAACAGCCAUCAACUUCUUAUGCCUCUGAUAGAAACGCCAAUAUCAAAGUUAAGUUAUGAAAUUCUUAAGAUUAACGCUCAUGAGUGUAUGAUAAUCAAUACGAACGAUGUAGGUGAACUCGGAUGGCAGAUUCACAUUCCUGUUAGUCACUGCAUGUCAGUACUUAAUUCAAUCUUAGACGCAGGAAAAAAGUUAAAUUUUAAAAUUACAUAUGCCGGAUUCAGAGCGUUGGAAUCGUUAAGUUUAGAGAAAGAAGCCCACGUUUUGAAUGAAGAUGUCAGAGUGGACGACAAUCCAUUAGAGGCAGGGUUGUCCCACUUGUGCCGCUGCUCUGGUCAAUAUCAAGGAAAAUUUGCAUUGAAAAAAAUUGAGGAAAUCGGACCAAAGAAGAGGCGAAGCUUUUUCGCUUUAGAACAUCCCAUAGCCCUCUACGGGUUGGAAACAAUAUGGAGAGAUAACGAAAUUGUUGGCUAUUUACGCAGGGGAGGUUAUAGCUUUUCUAUGGAUUGUUCUGUAGGAAUUGGAUAUGUCUGCCACUCAUAUGAUUCUGUCGUAGACAGCCACUUUUUACGAACAGGGAGGUAUCAAAUUGAAGUCAGAAAUAAAAAAUAUCCUGCUAUUUAUCUAGGUAGCCCAAUACUCCCGGAAACGUUUCCUGAUUUGUGUCUUUGUUGACUGCAUCUGCACAUUUAUUUUAUAGUAAAUCUGUAAUGUACAACCCAUAAGUAUAUUAUUAAUCUCUGUAAUAUAAAUUCGAGCUUUUACCAAUAUGUAAGACUUUUUACACAAUCAACCAUUCUACCAAGGUCACUAUUCUGCAAUCUUGGGAAUAGAAAUGUUGUAGGCAAAUAGUCAAAAGUUAGUGUGUUCCUUUAAAAUGUUAAAACGCAUCAGUAUCUUUGAUAAAGGUCUAUUAAAAAAAAAGAAAUUGUUACU